UAGAGCGCUUAUUUUGUUAUUCUAAAAUGUUGGUCCCUGGCUUCUUCAUCUUCUUCAGUUGAGUCAAGAACCAUAAAGAAUGAGAUUCUAAAACCCUAAUUUUGUUUCAGAAUGGAUCAACAUCUUCACUAUCAGCAACAAUGGAAUUCUAGGCCAAUUCAAGGAACUGUCUGCCCGAUUUGCGCAAUGCCUCACUUUCCCUUUUGUCCUCCCCAUCCAUCCUUCAACCAAAACCCUAGAUAUCCCUUCGGACCCGAUCCCCCUUUUCAAAGACCUGGAUUCGACCCUCAUCGUUCACCCAUGGGGAUGCCGCGCCCGUCUAUGGGGAAUCUCGAUGAUGGUUUUGCAGAUCAGAGGCCGUGGAUUAGAAAUUCUGCUAAUUCAUAUGGGCAUCUGCCGUUUCAGCCUCACAGAGAAGAAAGCUUUUUGCCGCCACCGUAUGAUUAUGGCGGAAAUGAGUUUGUUAACGAUGCUGAGAGAAGCUACAAGAGGCCGAGGGUUGAUGAUGUAGGCUUGGAUGGUGGUGUUCAUGAGGUUAAUCAGAAUCAGAAGAGCGGUAGGAGUUCAUUUGAGGAUGAACGUAGGUUGAAGUUGAUUCGGGAUCAUGGGGUUGUAUCGAGUGGACCGUCUUACGAGAAUUCAGUGGGAUCUGGAGAUCCGGAAGAGGUCGGCACCACGAGGAACUUGGAAAUCAAUCACUUCCAGGAUUCGGGUAAUGGCGAUAAUGAUGGAAGAAGUCAAAAUUUUCACGAUGAAGGGAAUUUGGCUCCUGCAAAACAAUUCCAGAAUGGUAGGGAAGGUUAUUGGUCCGAUUUAAAACAUGCUCCGGCAGCGCCUGGUAACAGAAUUGACCCAUGGCGGCCUUCCCAAAACGAAGAAUUGUCCCAUUCUCGAUAUGAUCAGGGUGGAGGCCAUUGGCAUGCUCAGCAUAUGCCACGCCCUGUUCCUCCUGAAGCCUCCGAAGAUAGCUAUCUUUCUCAUAGAAAUGAAUUGCAUUAUUCUGACAACCCACAAGCGUUUUCCUGGAUGGAUGAUAGAAAUAACAGCAAAAUGAACAUUCUUGAUCGUGAUUAUCGGCCACCCCCUCGCUCUGAGAUGAACCCCACUCAUAUGAGACCGUUUUCAUCUCACGGAAAUGCUCAUCACGGUACUCGAAACUUUAAUUAUGGCGCUGGAUACGCUCCUCGACAUUCUGGGGGUGUAAGGUUUUUCGAAAAUGGAAGCUCAAUUGAAGAUUCUCGCUUCUUUGACGAGCAACCCCCUCUUCCUACUUCUCCACCGCCGCCUAUGCCUUGGGAAGCAAAACCUUCAUCCCUGUUUCCUGUUCCUGUUAGUGUCUCUCCAAUAACAUCCUCACAAUAUUCUUCAGUUCCUGAACACCGCUCCUUACACCACCUUAAACCAAUGUUUCAUGUUUCAUCUAGUCCUAUGACGGAGGAUUCUCUGGGAGUGCACCCGUAUUCUAAGAAGUUUGCUGCAGACGGUAAACCUUAUGGAGUAAAUCAAUUGCCUUUGCCGAAACCUAAAGUUAUUGAUGCUUCGCAUUUAUUCAAGCGACCUCAUCGGUCUACUCGUCCCGAUCAUAUUGUGGUCAUCCUCCGAGGGCUUCCAGGCAGUGGAAAAAGCUAUUUGGCAAAGAUGUUGCGUGAUGUUGAAAUUGAAAAUGGUGGUGAUGCUCCUCGUAUACAUUCUAUGGAUGAUUACUUCAUGACAGAAGUGGAAAAGGUUGAGGAAGGUGAUACCAAUUCAUCAAAUUCAGUUAAAGGCAAGAAGCCAAUUGUGAAGAAGGUCAUGGAAUAUUGUUACGAACCCGAAAUGGAGGAGGCUUAUCGGUCGAGCAUGUUGAAAGCAUUCAGGAAGACCCUCGAGGAGGGGGUAUUCACCUUUGUAAUUGUGGAUGACCGCAAUCUGCGGGUAGCUGAUUUUGCUCAGUUUUGGGCAAUUGCAAAGAGUUCGGGCUAUGAAGUUUACAUUUUGGAAGCUACGUAUAGGGACCCGACAGGCUGUGCAGCGAGGAAUGUGCAUGGAUUUAAUCUCGAUGAUAUACAAAAGAUGGCAAGACAAUGGGAAGAAGCGCCGGCUUUGUACUUACAAUUGGACAUCAAGUCCUUGUGUCAUGGGGAUGACCUUAAAGAAAGUGGAAUUAAGGAGGUGGACAUGGAUAUGGAAGAUGAAGAUGAUGAUACUCCAUCUAGUUUUCAAGAAACGAAGUCGAUAAAGACAGCAUUACAUCCACAAAGAGACGAUGCUUCUGAAGAUGACGGGAAGAGAUGGGACGAAGAAUCGGACCAUCGGAGAGAGGAAGUAAAAGAGUUGGGUAGGAGUAAAUGGUCAAAUGAUUUAGAUGAUGAUGAUACUGAAAGAACAGAUGGCGCGAAUGGUCAUGCAAAUGCUCUUUCUGGCUUGAUUCAAGCAUAUGCCAAGGAAGGAAAGUCCGUGCGCUGGAUCGACCAGGCUGGUUAUACCGGUUUCUCGAUCGGUGCUGCAAAAAAGGCAAACAGAUUAUCUUUAGUGAUUGGUCCUGGUGCUGGAUAUAACCUGAAGUCCAACCCAUUGCCAGAAGAAUACCAAUACCGUGGCUCAAACCAAAACAGCAAUGAGUCGAAGAAACACAGCAGAUUCGAGGAGCGACUGCGUGCUGAAAGUGAGUCGUUUAAAGUCGUUUUCGAUAAAAGGCGACAAAGGAUAGGAGGACUAGAUUGGGAAGAGGAGUAGGGAUUGUUAGAAGAAGCAUAAAAUUUGCAUAUGAGAUAUAUUCAUUUUUUGACAUCUUCUUGUCACCUUGAAACACGGUGGGUGUGUGGCUCAGUGUGUAGGGGUCAGAAAGGCAACGUUUUCCUGCUCCUGAUGACCAUUUUGGUGGUCAGAUUUGUGUAAUGAAUAACAAAGUAAGUUCCUAAGUUUAGUAUUUUCGAUCUUA